AUGCGCCCAAGCAUACCGCCAGCAGCACCAGCACCAGCACCACCAACGGUGCACCGCCACAAUCACCAGCAGCAGCAGCAGCAGCAGCAGCAACAGCAGCAACAAAUCGUUCAACAAAUCGCAGUCCUGAGUUGCGUGCUCGCGCUCGCCAGAGCCGGAGCCAUCGGAGUCGCGACGUACGCCGCCCCAGCGGUCGCAACCUACGCGGCACCGGCCUACACCAGCUACUCGGCACCAGCCUACACCAGCUACUCGGCACCGGCCCUCACCGCCACCUCCGAGAACGUCUACCGCAGCGCCGGCAACCUCCAGUCGAUCUCGACCCAAUCGAGGAGCAUCGCCACCCCCUUCUCCAGCAGUAACAAACAGUUCACCAGCGUCACAAACCCCGGAGUCUACGCCCACGUCGCCCCGGUCGCUUACGCUGCCGCUCCCCAGCUCGCCUACGCCGCAGCCCCUCAGCUCGCCCACGCCGCUCCCCUCGCCUACUCCGCACCCGCAGUGGCCCAUGCCGCCCCGGCAGUCGCUCACGGGAGCAGCCUCCUCGGAGUUGCCUACUCCCCGGCUGUCGCCGUCUCUCACAUGACCUACUCGAGCCCCGUCGGCAUCAACUACUCCUACUAA